CUCGGAUUAUCGUCCGUUGGCUGCCGGAGUAAUAAUGAUCCCCCGAUUCCGUUAUCAUGCGGCGUCGGUGCACCUUUCCCGCGGAAUUUCAAUUCUUACAACCUUUCGACAAUUGAAACACCCUCACAAUGGCAGCAGUAUCGUCGAGCCGUUUGCGCCUUCUAAACACCGCGUCAAGGGUUGUUCCUCAAGUUGGAACCGCUGUUCCAAUCGGCGCCCGCAGUUAUGCCACCACAGAUCCCUCCCCAUCCGCCACCAGUUCCCCGACGACGCUGCGCAGAAAAACGACAUUCAAGGAUAAGCUGAACGCAGGCCCAUCGUUUGCGGAUUUCGUCUCUGGCGGCAAUGACUCGACUCCGCUCGAUCCCUCCGAAGCAUACGAGCUCAAAACGGCACUUGUCGGGCCCGCCGGGAAAAAGAAGGAAAUGACGCGGUUACCGUCGUGGUUGAAGACGCCGAUCCCCGAUUCGAACAACUACCAGCGCUUAAAGAAGGACCUUCGGGGUUUGAAUUUGCACACUGUUUGCGAGGAGGCGAGGUGUCCGAAUAUCUCGGACUGCUGGGGUGGUGAUGAUAAGUCUGCUGCAACGGCGACGAUUAUGCUUAUGGGUGAUACUUGUACCCGUGGUUGUCGGUUCUGCAGUGUGAAGACGUCCCGCGCACCGCCGCCUCUCGACCCGCACGAGCCGGAGAACACAGCGGAGGCGAUCUCGAGGUGGGGUCUUGGAUAUAUAGUGUUGACCAGUGUCGAUCGGGAUGAUCUCGUGGACGGCGGUGCCCGGCACUUUGCCGAGACUGUCAUCAAGAUCAAGCAGAAGGCCCCCAAUAUGCUGGUCGAGUGUUUGACGGGUGACUAUGCCGGGGACACGGAGAUGGUUUCCCUCGUUGCCCGUUCCGGACUGGACGUGUACGCGCAUAACGUCGAGACCGUCGAAGCCCUGACACCGCAAGUCCGUGACCGCCGCGCCAAGUUCCAGCAAUCCAUCCGCGUGCUCGAUGCCGCGAAGAAGGCCAGACCGGACCUCAUCACCAAGACAUCGCUCAUGCUUGGUCUUGGAGAAACAGAAGAGCAGCUCUGGGACACCCUCCGCCAGCUUCGCGCUGUUAAUGUCGACGUCGUCACUUUCGGUCAGUACAUGCGGCCGACGAAGCGUCACAUGGCUGUCCAUGAGUAUGUCACUCCUGACCAGUUCGAGCUCUGGCGCCAGCGUGCCCUUGACAUGGGAUUUCUCUACUGCGCAUCAGGACCCCUUGUUCGCAGCAGUUACAAGGCCGGUGAGGCGUUCAUUGAGAACGUGCUGAAAAAGAGACGCGCCGGUGCCGGAAGCGCAGAGGCUGUUAGUGAUAAGACGAUUGUCGUGGAUGAGGCUACUCGUUGAGCAAAGCCUCUUUUUGCACUUUUCUUCCUGGUUCUUGCAUGCUUUUCUUUUCUCCAUAUCGAAAGCCUCAACGCAUAAUAUGCCCCGACUGCAUGUUUCGUUUGUUCUUCCUCAUACUCAACGGCGCUGGUUGCUUUGCUGUUUUUAUUUUUAUUUAUUUUUUUUGGGUCAUGAUCAUGUUAGGGUAUGACUGUUUGAUACUGGGUUAGGCCUAUUUCCGUCUGGAUUGUAUAGUACUCACAAUGGAUUGGGUCUUCACUGAAUAUAGAUUUGGAAAACAAAACAAAUUUAACCAAAAAAAAUUUUUGAAUGAUAAAUUCUGUCCAAGUAACCCGAAAUGGACAAGAGUG